ACCGCAAGGCAAGCGCACGGUUUCUUAACAACAAGAAAAAAUUCAAAAAAUCUUCAAACUCAAACAUUUCAAGCAAAAACCAAAAAUUUGAUAAAAACCGUAAGCAAUUUGUCGUGUGUUCGCGCUAAAGUUCUAACGAAACUCGMGUCGUCAUUCGUUUUGCACUAAUUAGCGAUGUCAUACGAAUUAAAGUGCACGCUUGUGAUAUUUAUUKUUGKGUUUUGCUGUAAUUACUUCGCUUCGGCUGCGGCAUAUCCCUGGCAAGCCGAUCAUGAGGGUUAUGACGCCAGCUUGGAUCCGGUCAUUUGGUCACGCGCCUUCGUUAAAGACAAUAUACGUCGACCCCGACAAYAUGCGACAUUUCCCGCUGCGGCCGGCGAAAAUAACGAAGUGCAAUUGAAUAAUCGCUUUUACGAAUUCCAACAACGCUUCGUCGACUCGAAUCGCGCCGYAAGCGAUAUUUUGCGCGAUGAAAAGCGUCGUGUGGAAAGUUCGGCUCAUAUUGGCGAACGUCGCACUGGCGCAUUGACGGCGGAAAACCAGUGGAACACAAUUGCGCAUGCCAAGUACAGAUCGAGAAAUAACCGUAAGUCAAGUCUGAAUCGUUCGAAGRCGSAAGCCAGAAGAAAACGCAAUCACAAACGUUAAAUAAUUAAUCGAACAUAGUGUACGCAUGUUUGUAUGAGUUAUGUUGUAGUGAUUAUCAAAUUUUUGUAUUGAUUAUGUGCUAGUUAAUUUGUUAAAAGAAUAAUUAUUGUGUCAAUAAUUGUAACUAUUUAUUGCACAAACUUUA